CUCUCCUUGCCUGCCACCCGCCUGCCCGUGCCAGUCCCCAGGAUGGGCGCCCUGAGUGGGUGCCGGGCACUGGCGUGGGCCCUCAUGGCCCUGGUCUUGCAGAAAGCAGAGACCCAGGGCAUAGCUGAGCUGAGCUGGCCGAGCGCAGAGGGUGUCAUGGAGAGCCAGAUGGUGGACACUGCCCAGCAGUUGACCUUCAUCCAACCCAUCGAGGUCUUCCCCACGAUGAGCACCCUGAACCCGGCACACAAUGGGCGGGUGUGCAGCACGUGGGGCGAUUUCCACUACAAGACCUUCGAUGGGGACGUCUUCCACUUCCCGGGACGCUGCAACUACGUCUUCUCUGCGCACUGUGGCACCACCUACGAGGACUUCAACAUCCAGCUCCGCCGUGGCCUGGCCGGCUCCAGGCCCACCAUCACCCACGUCAUUCUCAAGACCCAGGGGCUGGUGCUGGAGUUCUCCAACGGCUCUGUCCUCAUUGACGGGCGACGGGAGGAGCUGCCCUACAGCCGGGCCGGCCUCCUGGUGGAGCAGAGCAGCGACUACAUCCAGGUGAAUGUCCGGCUGGUGCUGACCUUCACGUGGAACGGAGAGGACAGCGCUCUGCUGGAGCUGGACCCCAAGUAUGCCAACCAGACGUGUGGCCUCUGUGGGGACUUCAAUGGGCUGCCAGCCGUCAACGAGUUCUAUGCCCACAACGCGAGGCUGACCCCUCUACAGUUCGGAAACCUGCAGAAGCUGGACGGGCCCACGGAGCAGUGCCAGGACCCCCCACCCUCUGAAGCCGACAACUGCACAGAUGGGGAGGGCAUCUGCCACCGCACACUGCUGGGCCCGGCCUUAACCCGGUGCAACUGGCUGGUGGACCCCGGCGUGUACGUGGCCGCCUGCGCCCAGGACCUGUGCCGCUGCCCCACCUGUCCUUGUGCCACCUUUGCCGAGUACUCCCGCCAGUGUGCCCAUGCAGGGGGCCAGCCGCAGAACUGGAGGGGCCCUGACCUCUGCCCUCGGACGUGCCCCUUCAACAUGCAGCACCAGGAGUGUGGCUCGCCCUGCGCCGACACCUGCUCCAACCCCGAGCGCUCCCAGUUCUGCGAGGACCAUUGCGUCGAUGGCUGCUUCUGUCCCCCAGGCACGGUGCUGGAUGACGUCACCAACACGGGCUGCCUGCCCCUGGAGCAGUGUCCCUGCACCCACGGCGGCCACACCUACGCCCCGGGGGCCUCCUUCACCACCAGCUGCCUCUCCUGCACCUGCUCAGGGGGGCUGUGGCAGUGCCAGGACCUCCCAUGCCCAGGCACCUGCUCCGUCCAGGGCGGGUCCCACAUCUCUACGUACGAUGAGAAACUCUACGACGUACACGGGGACUGCAGCUACGUCCUGUCCAAGAAAUGUGCAGACAGCGGCUUCACCGUGCUGGGCGAGCUGCGGAAAUGUGGCCUCACAGACAAUGAGAUCUGCCUCAAAGCCGUGACGCUGAGCGUGGCCAUGGACAUGACCAUCCAGAUCCAGGCCAGCGGUGGGGUGUUUGUGAACUCCAUCUACACCCAGCUGCCCGUGUCAGCAGGCAACGUCACCAUAUUCAGACCCUCGACCUUCUUCGUCCUGGUGCAGACGGGCCUGGGGCUGCAGCUGGAGGUGCAGCUGGUACCCACCAUGCAGGUGUUUCUCAGGCUGGACCCCGCCCACCGCGGCCAGAUGUGUGGUCUCUGCGGGAACUUCAACCGGAACCAGGCCGACGACUUCCGGACCCUCAGCGGCGUGGUGGAGGGCACGGCCGCAGCCUUCGCCAACACCUGGAAGACCCAGGCCACCUGCCCCAACGUCAAGAACAGCUUUGAGGACCCCUGCUCCCUCAGCGUGGAGAACGAGAACUACGCCCAGCACUGGUGCUCUCUGCUGACCAAGCCUGACGGCGCUUUCUCGCCUUGUCACUCUGUCGUCAGCCCAGCGUCUUUCCACUCGAACUGCCUGUUCGACACAUGCAACUGUGAGAAGAGCGAGGACUGUCUGUGUGCGGCGCUGUCCUCCUACGUGCGGGCCUGUGCGGCCAAGGGCGUGCUGCUCAGCGGCUGGAGGGACGGCGUCUGCACCAAGUACAUGAGCAGCUGCCCCAAGUCCCAGAAAUACGCCUACAUGGUGGAUGGCUGCCAGCCCACCUGCCGCGCCCUGAGCCAGGCAGACGUCACCUGCGGUGUCAGCUUCGUGCCCGUGGACGGCUGCACCUGUCCCCAUGGCACCUUCCUGGAUGACGCUGGCGCCUGCGUGUCUGCGGAGGCCUGUCCCUGCUACUUCCACGGCUCCAUGGUGGCGCCUGGGGAGGUGGUACACGACAAUGGCGUGAUGUGCUCCUGUGCGAGUGGGAAACUGAGCUGCCUGGGAGCAGUACAGACGAACACAGGCUGUGUAGCCCCCAUGGUGUACCUGGACUGCAGCAAUGCCUCCGCGGGCACGCCUGGGGCCGAGUGCCUCCGGAGUUGCCACACGCUGGACGUGGACUGUUUCAGCACUCAUUGCGUGUCUGGCUGUGUCUGCCCCCCGGGGCUCGUGUCGGAUGGCAGUGGGGGCUGCGUGGCCGAGGACGACUGCCCCUGCCAGCACAACGAGGUCACCUACAGGCCCGGGGACAUCAUCAGGGUCGACUGCAACACCUGCACGUGCAGGAACCGCAGGUGGGAGUGCAGCCACCGGCCCUGCCUGGGCACCUGUGUGGCCUACGGGGACGGCCACUUCAUCACGUUCGACGGCGAGCGGUACAGCUUCGACGGGAGCUGCCAGUACACGCUGGCCCAGGACCACUGUGGGGGCAACAGCACCACCAAUGGGACCUUCCGCAUUGUCACCGAGAAUGUCCCCUGUGGAACCACGGGGGUCACCUGCUCAAAGGCCAUCAAGAUCUUCCUGGAGAACUACGAGCUGAUCCUCCACAGUGGCACCCACAAGGUGGUGCAGAGGGGGCCUGGGGGAGACCUGCCCUACAGGAUCCGGUACAUGGGCACCCACCUGGCUGUCGAGACCCGCAGCGGCCUGCUCGUGUCCUGGGACCGGAAGACUAGCGUGUUCAUCCGGCUGCACCAGGAUUACAAGGGGAGGGUCUGCGGGCUGUGCGGGAACUUUGACGACAACGCCGUCAACGACUUCACCACACGGAGCCGGUCUGUGGUGGGUGACGUGCUGGAGUUUGGCAACAGCUGGAAGUUCUCCCCGUCCUGCCCGGACGCCCCGGCCCCCCGGGACCCCUGCACCGCCAACCCGUCCCGCAAGUCCUGGGCUCAGAAGCAGUGCAGCAUCAUCACCGGCGCCGCCUUCACCACCUGUCAUUCUCAGGUUGACUCCACCAAGUACUACGAGGCCUGCGUGAGCGACGCGUGUGCGUGUGACUCGGGGGGCGACUGCGAGUGUUUCUGCACCGCCGUGGCCGCCUACGCCCAGGCCUGCCGCGAUGUGGGCGUGUGCGUGUCCUGGCGCACCCCGGACGUCUGCCCCCUGUUCUGCGACUACUACAACCCCCACGGGGAGUGCGAGUGGCACUACCAGCCCUGCGGGGCCCCCUGUCUGAAAACCUGCCGGAACCCCAGUGGACAUUGCCUGAUGGACCUCCCAGGCCUGGAAGGCUGCUACCCAAAGUGUCCUCCCAGCAAGCCAUUCUUCAGCGAGGACCAAAUGAAGUGUGUGGCCCAGUGUGGCUGCUACGACCAGGAUGGGAACUACUACGAUGUGGGCACCAGUGUCCCCACAGCAGAGAACUGCCAAAGCUGUGACUGCACCCCCAGCGGCCUACAGUGCACACACAGCCUCGCAGCCUGCAAGUGCAGCUAUGAGGGCAGGACCUACGGCUAUGGGGACACCAUCUACAACACGACCGACGGGCUUGGCGCCUGCUUGAUUGCCAUUUGUGGAAACAAUGGAACUAUCACCCGAAGCACCACCGAAUGUCCCAGAACCUUGUCCACCACGCCCUUCACCUUCACCUCCACCACAGCCCUGCCCUCCACGACAGGCCCGGUCUCCACCCUCCCCACUGUGUGUGUGCACCAAUUCUGCCGCUGGUCUGCCUGGUAUGACAGUGACCAUCCAGAGCCCGGCAUGGGAAGUGGGGACUUUGAGACGUUUGUGAACCUGAGGCAGAGGGGUCACCAGGUCUGCCUGGCCCCGGCCAGUGUCGAGUGCCGGGCGCGGCAGCUGCCUGACACGCCCCUGGAGCAGCUGGGCCAGAAGGUGGAGUGCAGCCUGGAGCGGGGCCUCACGUGUCUCAACAGCGAGCAGAGCCCCCCAAUCUGCCACAACUACGAGCUGCGGGUCCUGUGUUGUGAUCUCGUGCCCUGCAGCACCCCCCAGGGCUCGAGCACAAGCCAGGGGCUGUCCCUGUCCACUCCUGCCCUCCAGACGACGGUGGCCUUCACCUCACAGACCCAACCCGCUACUCCCACCACGAUCACGACCAGGACGGCCGGCAGCUCCGUGGCUCAGAGCACCACCUGUCAGCCCCGAUGUCAGUGGACCGAAUGGUUUGAUAAGGAUUACCCCAAGUCUGAGGAGGCCGGAGGGGACAUCGAGUCAUUCGACAGGAUCAGGAGUGCGGGGGGUGCCGUGUGCCCGCAGCCCCAGGACAUAGAGUGCCGGGCGGAGAACUUCCCCAACAGGACACCCGAGGAGCUGGGCCAGCGCGUACACUGCGACCCCAGCUUCGGCCUGGUCUGCAGGAAUGACGAGCAGGUGGGCCUGUUUAAGAUGUGCCUCAACUACAGAAUCCGUGUGCUGUGCUGCAGCCACGACCACUGCGGGGAGCUCACCACAGCCACCUCCGCCCUCAUAACUGCCACCAAUGCCGCCACCGCUGUCACCUCCUCCAUCACCACUACCACCUCCUCCAAACCGUCAGCCUCACAGGCCCCCCUGGGCAGCACCACAGCAGUGUCCUUCCUCCCAACAGAACCAAUGUCUUCAGCAACGUCUCCAAGCCCCAGGCACACAGACACGCUCGUGACAUCCGCCACAAGGAGUCCCACGUCUCCUCCAGGCUCCACAAAGCCCAGCACCACGUCACUCCUGAUUCGCACAACCCCUCAGGGGACCACAGGGGGCACCCCACAGGGACCCACCACGGGGGUGGAGACAAUGCGAACCACCACGGCUCACUCAACUCUGAGCACAGCAGCUGGCACGGUCGCCACGAGCCCGCCAUCCCCCUCACACACUGGGAUGAGCACACAGAGAACCCAGGGGUCGGCCAUCACUGAGGCCACAACCAGCCAGGGCACGACCGGCUGCCAACCCAAGUGUGAGUGGACAGAAUGGUUUGACGUGGACUUCCCUACCUCGGGGGUCAGGGGUGGAGACAUGGAGACGUAUGACAACAUCAGGGCUGCUGGCGGCAAGAUGUGCCGGGAGCCGCAGAAGAUCGAGUGCCGGGCGGAGAGCUACCCCGAGGUAAGCCUCGACCAGAUCGGACAGGUGGUCAGCUGCAGCCUGCGGGCCGGGCUGGUGUGUCGCAACCAGGACCAGAGGGGCCCGUUCAACAUGUGCUUCAACUACAACGUCCGCGUGCUCUGCUGUGACCACAUGAGCCACUGCCCCACCGCCAGCACUCUGCCGCCCACAACCCCCACGCCUGCCUCACCCAGUGUCUCCCGCACGACCCCCGUGGGGACCUCCCAUAAACACACAACCCCUGGAUCUUUGCCCACGGGCACCAGCAUGGGUGAAUGGUCAUCGGUGGUGACAGGACUCCGGACCACGGCCACCACCAAGACGUACCUCUCUUCCCCGAGGACGAUGGAGACUGUUCCCAUCCCCACCUCUCUCAGAACGACUGAGACAGGCACUAUCCGCAGUACCACUUUUACCCCAAAGCCUUCAACCACCAUGUCAGCCCCGCCCAGUGCCCCCCGCACAGCACACCUGGUGACCACGCCCAUACAGACCACCGCAAUGUCCCUGCCCACCAGUCCGACAUUUGGGACCACCCUGCCCUCCAGCACCCUGAUGCCUGGCUCCUUCUCCACCACCACGACAUCCCAGACCACCGGGAACUGCACGCCACGGUGCGCGUGGACAGACUGGUUCGAUGCGGACUACCCCAAGCCCAUCCCCAAUGGCGGGGACUUUGAGACCUACGCCAACAUCCGGGCAGCUGGCGAGCCCAUCUGUGAGAAGCCCCAGGCCCUGGAGUGCCGGGCCGAGACGCUUCCCGACGUCCCCCUGCAACAGGUGGGCCAGGUGGUGCUCUGCAGGCUGGAGGAGGGCCUGGUGUGUCGUAACCGAGACCAGCGCGGCCGGUUCAAGAUGUGCCUCAAUUACCAUAUCCGCGUGCUCUGCUGCGACAACCGCCACUGCCCCACAACCCCGGCCACCACCGCAGUGACCAGCCCAGGGACCAGCCUGAGGCCGACGUCCCUAACAACCCCCAGCCCCACCGUCGUCAGCUCAGCCAGCACCACUGCAACCCCCCGGUGCCAGCCUGCCUGCCGCUGGACCGACUGGCAGGACAGUGACCGGCCCCGGCCGGGCCCCUAUGGGGGUGACGUUGAGACCUACAUUCAAAUGGAAGGUCUGGGCAGCCAGCUCUGCGCAGAGCCGGACGCCAUCGAGUGUGAGGCCGUCCUCUUCCCGGGAGUCCCCUUGGAGCAGCUGGGCCAGGUGGUACUGUGUGACCCGGAGUACGGGCUUAUCUGCAGGAACAACCGGCAGGGGUGGGGCCAGACCUGCUUCAACUACCACAUACGUGUGCGCUGCUGUGACGACUACAGCCAUUGUCCCAGCACGGCCACAGCCACCAGCACCAGUACGGGCAAGGAGACCACAGCACUCUGGACCACGGCCACCACACAGUCACUCUCCUCUUCCCCAGGGACCACCCAAAGGGUCACCACUGCCACCACUGAGACAGGUCCCUCCUCUCCCGGGACCACCCAGAGGGUCACCAUGCCCACCACUGAGACAGGUCCCUCCUCUCCCGGGACCACCCAAAGGGUCACUACUGCCACCACUGAGACAGGUCCCUCCUCUCCCGGGACCACCCAGAGUGUCGCCAGCCACACGACCCAGACGCCUCUCGCCUCCUUCAGGACCACCGAGAGGGCCUCUGUCUCCAGUCUCUCUGCCUCCACAGGGACCCCGCCCACAAACACCAAGCCAGCCUGGCCCAGUACCCCCCACAAGGUCCCCCUGGUGACCACACCCAUACAGACCACCCAAGGGUCCCUGCCCACCGGUCCCACCUUUGGGACCACCCUGCCGUCCAGCCCCCUGACGCCUGGCCCCUCCUCAACCACCAUGACAUCCCCGACCACCGGGGACUGCACGCCACGGUGCGCGUGGACAGACUGGUUCGAUGCGGACUACCCCAAGCCCGGCCCCAACGGCGGGGACUUUGAGACUUUUGACAUGCUCCGCUUGGCCGGCCACGUGUUCUGCGAGCGCCCCCAGGACAUCGAGUGCCGCUCAGAGAAGGCGCCAGAUGUGAGCCUGACGGACGUGGGGCAGGUGGUCCAGUGCAAUGUGAGCUUCGGGCUGGUGUGCCGCAACCGCGACCAGCCGGGGCGCGUGCCAUACUGCCACAACUUCCACGUGCGCUUGCUGUGCUGUGACCGCCACUGCACCUCCCCGCCGGGCACCACGGCUGGUACCUCCCUGUCCCCGAAGACAUCUCGCACCCCACUGACACCCACCACUAUCGCCACCACGCACGCCAGCUCCUUGCCCUCUGCUGGGUCCUCCACAGCCUCCACAGGGACCUCCCAGGUCCAAGAGUCCAGCACUAGUGUCACCAUAUCGCCCACCAUGCCUGAGCUGGGCACCACCCUGCGCCCCUCCACGGCUGCCUCCACAACAACAGUGCCCCAGGUUAACACUCAGACCUCAGCCAUCCUGACCCCCAGCCCAACGACCUCAGUGACCAAGUCCACUUCCUGUCAGCCUCGCUGCGCCUGGACGGACUGGCUGGACCAGACCUACCCGGUUCCAGGGCCUUCCGGUGGGGACUUUGAGACCUUCGCCAACAUCCGGGCAGCCGGCGAGCCCAUCUGUGAGAAGCCCCAGGCCCUGGAGUGCCGGGCCGAGACGCUUCCCGACGUCCCCCUGCAACAGGUGGGCCAGGUGGUGCUCUGCAGGCUGGAGGAGGGCCUGGUGUGUCGUAACCGAGACCAGCGCGGCCGGUUCAAGAUGUGCCUCAAUUACCAUAUCCGCGUGCUCUGCUGCGACAACCGCCACUGCCCCACAACCCCGGCCACCACCGCAGUGACCAGCCCAGGGACCAGCCUGAGGCCGACGUCCCUAACAACCCCCAGCCCCACCGUCGUCAGCUCAGCCAGCACCACUGCAACCCCCCGGUGCCAGCCUGCCUGCCGCUGGACCGACUGGCAGGACAGUGACCGGCCCCGGCCGGGCCCCUAUGGGGGUGACGUUGAGACCUACAUUCAAAUGGAAGGUCUGGGCAGCCAGCUCUGCGCAGAGCCGGACGCCAUCGAGUGUGAGGCCGUCCUCUUCCCGGGAGUCCCCUUGGAGCAGCUGGGCCAGGUGGUACUGUGUGACCCGGAGUACGGGCUUAUCUGCAGGAACAACCGGCAGGGGUGGGGCCAGACCUGCUUCAACUACCACAUACGUGUGCGCUGCUGUGACGACUACAGCCAUUGUCCCAGCACGGCCACAGCCACCAGCACCAGUACGGGCAAGGAGACCACAGCACUCUGGACCACGGCCACCACACAGUCACUCUCCUCUUCCCCAGGGACCACCCAAAGGGUCACCACUGCCACCACUGAGACAGGUCCCUCCUCUCCUGGGACCACACAGAGGGUCACCAGCCACACGACCCAGACACCUCUCGCCUCCUUCAGGACCACCGAGAGGGCCUCUGUCUCCAGUCUCUCUGCCUCCACAGGGACCCCGCCCACAAACACCAAGCCAGCCUGGCCCAGUACCCCCCACAAGGUCCCCCUGGUGACCACACCCAUACAGACCACCGCAAUGUCCCUGCCCACCAGUCCGACAUUUGGGACCACCCUGCCCUCCAGCACCCUGAUGCCUGGCUCCUUCUCCACCACCACGACAUCCCAGACCACCGGGAACUGCACGCCACGGUGCGCGUGGACAGACUGGUUCGAUGCGGACUACCCCAAGCCCAUCCCCAAUGGCGGGGACUUUGAGACCUACGCCAACAUCCGGGCAGCCGGUGAGCCCAUCUGUGAGAAGCCCCAGGCCCUGGAGUGCCGGGCCGAGACGCUUCCCGACGUCCCCCUGCAACAGGUGGGCCAGGUGGUGCUCUGCAGGCUGGAGGAGGGCCUGGUGUGUCGUAACCGAGACCAGCGCGGCCGGUUCAAGAUGUGCCUCAAUUACCAUAUCCGCGUGCUCUGCUGCGACAACCGCCACUGCCCCACAACCCCGGCCACCACCGCAGUGACCAGCCCGGGGACCAGCCUGAGGCCGACGUCCCUAACAACCCCCAGCCCCACCGUCGUCAGCUCAGCCAGCACCACUGCAACCCCCCGGUGCCAGCCUGCCUGCCGCUGGACCGACUGGCAGGACAGUGACCGGCCCCGGCCGGGCCCCUAUGGGGGUGACGUUGAGACCUACAUUCAAAUGGAAGGUCUGGGCAGCCAGCUCUGCGCAGAGCCGGACGCCAUCGAGUGUGAGGCCGUCCUCUUCCCGGGAGUCCCCUUGGAGCAGCUGGGCCAGGUGGUACUGUGUGACCCGGAGUACGGGCUUAUCUGCAGGAACAACCGGCAGGGGUGGGGCCAGACCUGCUUCAACUACCACAUACGUGUGCGCUGCUGUGACGACUACAGCCAUUGUCCCAGCACGGCCACAGCCACCAGCACCAGUACGGGCAAGGAGACCACAGCACUCUGGACCACGGCCACCACACAGUCACUCUCCUCUUCCCCAGGGACCACCCAAAGGGUCACCACUGCCACCACUGAGACAGGUCCCUCCUCUCCCGGGACCACCCAAAGGGUCACUACUGCCACCACUGAGACAGGUCCCUCCUCUCCCGGGACCACCCAGAGUGUCGCCAGCCACACGACCCAGACGCCUCUCGCCUCCUUCAGGACCACCGAGAGGGCCUCUGUCUCCAGUCUCUCUGCCUCCACAGGGACCCCGCCCACAAACACCAAGCCAGCCUGGCCCAGUACCCCCCACAAGGUCCCCCUGGUGACCACACCCAUACAGACCACCCAAGGGUCCCUGCCCACCGGUCCCACCUUUGGGACCACCCUGCCGUCCAGCCCCCUGACGCCUGGCCCCUCCUCAACCACCAUGACAUCCCCGACCACCGGGGACUGCACGCCACGGUGCGCGUGGACAGACUGGUUCGAUGCGGACUACCCCAAGCCCGGCCCCAACGGCGGGGACUUUGAGACUUUUGACAUGCUCCGCUUGGCCGGCCACGUGUUCUGCGAGCGCCCCCAGGACAUCGAGUGCCGCUCAGAGAAGGCGCCAGAUGUGAGCCUGACGGACGUGGGGCAGGUGGUCCAGUGCAAUGUGAGCUUCGGGCUGGUGUGCCGCAACCGCGACCAGCCGGGGCGCGUGCCAUACUGCCACAACUUCCACGUGCGCUUGCUGUGCUGUGACCGCCACUGCACCUCCCCGCCGGGCACCACGGCGAGUACCCCCCAGCUCUUGAAGACCUCCCCCAGCUUGACGCCAGCCACUAUGUCCCCCUCCGUCCUCAGUACGCUCAGGCCCAACGCCUCUCCCAGCUCACCUGUCCCCACCACACCCUGCCUGUGCCGGGCAUUCGGACAGCUCUUCUCACCAGGGGACGUCGUCUACAACAGAAGCGACGGAGCCGGCUGCCAUUUCUAUGCCAUCUGCAGCCCACACUGUGAACUCGAACGCUUCCAGGGUGCCUGCUCUACCUCCGCCCCCCCAGAGCCCCCAUCCUCCGUGUCCCCAACCUCCCCGACCUCCCCGACGGGGGGCUGCGACCUCACCGUCCCUCCCCGACAGGUGAAUGAGACCUGGACUCUGGAGGACUGCACGCUGGCCCGGUGCGAAGGUGACAACCGCAUCGUCCUGCUGGAGCCGGAGCCCGUGACCAAGGUCACCUGCGUGAACGGGCACCUGCCCGUCAGAGUGCAGAGCCAGCAGGACCCCUGCCAGUACCACUAUGAGUGCGAAUGCACCUGCAGUAGCUGGGGGGGCUCCAACUACAUCACCUUCGAUGGCACCUCCUACUCUUUCCGGGACAACUGCACCCACGUCGUCAUGAGGGAGAUCCGCCCACGCCACGGGAACCUCACGAUCCUCCUGAACAACUACUUCUGUGCAGCCCCCGCGGCCUCCCCCCGCUGCCCCCGCGCCCUCAGUGUCCACUAUGAGUCCAUGGAGAUUGUCCUCACCACCAGCGUCAACGCCGACGGGCAGGAAGAGAGCCUGGUCUUGUUCGACCACGUGCGGGUGAGCCAGGGCUUCAGCAAGAAUGGCGUGCGUGUGUCUGUGACGGUGGAUGCCGCCAUGCACGUCGACAUCCCGGCCAUCGGCGUCAGCGUCACCUUCCACGGGGAGGUCUUCCAGGUCCGGCUGUCCUACAGCCACUUCAGCCACAACACCGAGGGCCAGUGUGGCACCUGCACCAAUAACAAGAUGGAUGACUGCCGCCGGCCGGAUGGCACCAUGGCCCCCACCUGCCAGGACAUGGGCAACACCUGGCUGGUCCCUGAAAGCAGCAAGGAGGGCUGCUGGGCACCGACGGGCCCGCCCCCGACCACCAGCUCCCCGGCCCCGGUGACCACCACACCCUUUUCCACCCAGUGCCCCCCAGCGCCCCUCUGUGAGCUGAUGCUGAGCCAGGUCUUCACUGAGUGCCAUGACCUCAUCCCGCCCGGCGCGUUCUUCAGCACCUGCGUCAGUGACAGUUGCCAGGCCGGCCGCCCCGAGGUGCCCUGCCAGAGCCUGGAGGCCUACGCGGCGCUCUGCCGUGCCCGGGGCGUGUGCAGCAACUGGCGUAAUGCCACUGCCGGGCUAUGCGACCUCACCUGCCCGCCUGCAAAGGUGUACCAGCCAUGCGGCCCUAAGCAGCCCAUGACCUGUGACUCCGGGAACCAGAGCCCAGAGAACGAGGGGCUGGUGGAGGGCUGCUUCUGUCCCGAUGGCCACACUCUCUUCAACUCAUACACGGACGUCUGUGUCCCCAAGUGCCCCUGCGUGGGACCAGAUGGGUUUCCCAAAUUCCCUGGAGAGCAGUGGGUCAGCGACUGCCAGACCUGUGUGUGCGACGAGGACUCCGUGUCGGUGCAAUGCGUCCCGGUGCAGUGCGAGCCCCAGGAUCGGCCCCUGGAGUGCAGCCGGCCUGGCUUCCUGACCGUGACCAGGCCCCUGGCCAACAACCCCUGCUGCCCAGAGACGCUGUGCGUCUGCAACACGACCACCUGCCCCCUGGGCCUGCCACAAUGUGGGCCGGGAGAGGAGCUGACCCGCACCCAGGAGGAGGGCAGCUGUUGCCCCACCUUUGGCUGCCGGCCUAAGCUAUGCAUCUACAACGGCACCGUCUACGGGGUCGGUGCAACCUUCCCAGCGGUCACUCCCUGCCACACGUGCACCUGCCUGUCUGUGGACACCCAGAACACUACCGUGCAGUGUGAGGAGGAUGCCUGCAACACCACCUGUCCCCAGGGUUCCGAGUACUCCAGAGUGGCUGGGCAGUGCUGCGGGGAGUGCGUGCAGACGGCCUGCCUCACGCCCCAUGGCGGGCUGGUCCAGCCCAACGAGACCUGGGUCAACAGCCUCGUGGACAACUGCACGGAGUACCACUGCCAGGCUGAGAACGGAGUUCCUGUGCUGACCCCGAGGCCCGCGCCCUGCCCUGACGUGCCCAGCUGCAGAGGCACCCUCCGGAAAACCGGCUGCUGCUACUCCUGUGAGGAAGUGGACACCUGCCAGGUCCGAGUCAACAGGACGGUCCUGCGGCACCGGGACUGCGAGGCCCCCGUCAACGUCACUUUCUGCGAGGGCUCGUGUCCAGGAGUGUCCAAGUACUCCGUGGAGGCCCAGACCAUGCAGCGGCAGUGUACCUGCUGCCAGGAGACCAGGACCCACAAGGAGGUGGUGACCAUGCAGUGUCCCGACGGGACGGCCGUCCAGCACACCUACACCCACGUGGAUGACUGCAGCUGCACCCCAGCCUGCAUACCCUCUCCUGCAGCUCCUGAGGACGGCAAAUUUGCCUCUCUAUCCUCGGAGUUCAUCGAUGUUUGAUGCCAUUCUGCCCCUGUCCCACUGCCCCGGGUGAAACCCACACCCUGGCAGGGGACACUGCAGCUUGAGGAGAGUGCCAGAGCCCCUCCGGCCUGUCUUGGCCACUUGCCCUGCCAUCAGGGCCAGCCUUCAUCUGAAAGAAGCGCUGGCUCCACCCAAACUCACCCCUUCCUGGUGUCAGAAGGAUGCCAAGUGCAAAACUGCACAUCGGCGGGCGCCGUGCUGCUCCUCACCGGGGACUCCUGCCACACCCCCAAGUCCCGUGGAGCACGGCUCCCCUCGGGCAGCAGACUGCAGACUGAGACCCGUCCACACCAGGCCGGCGGCCACCAGGGAGUGGAGUUUGGCAAGGUGGCUGCAUGCCCAUGUCUGGACCUGGGGCUGAGGCUGUGAUGGCCGAGGGGUGGGCCUGGGAGGGGUCAGUGCCCCGAAGCUCCUCCUCUGGUCACCCUGCCCCAACCUUGCAAAUAAACACCGAGCAUC